UUUGGUGCCAGUGUUCCUAGCUGACCUUUAAAUACAACCAGUAACUAUUAGAAAAAAGGGCAAUAAAUAAUUCUACAGCAGUAGUACACAUAGGAAUAGCUGAAACAAAGUUUAUUCACUGUGAACAUUGCUCCUGAUAUAAUAGAGAAAAAAAAGAUAAACACAUAUAAAAAAUGUAACUAGGUCACCAGAAUAAAGAGGCUAAAUCGUUUAUCUGUCGAACAGAAAUCAAAUGUAUUUCAUGGAUUUCAGAUUAACACAUUCAGCUAAAGAGGGAACCUAUAUGGUUUCUAUGAGAUCAGCAAGCAGAAAAAAGGGUCAGAGCAAAAAUGUUAGCAGUAGAAAGGUUCACAUCCCAUUACUGGAACAAGCUAAUCCCCAUAGACCAGUUCAGUUUUUCAGUAGAGUACAACUCUCUCCAAAACAAAUACUGUACAUAGAAAAUAAAGGGAGGACCAUCCAAGUAAAAUGAUUUCAACCCCAGUUAAAUUAUAAUUACUAUUCAUAUGAUAGCACAAUAAAUUGUGUAAUGACUAUAAGGUUUGAUCCAACGCUUUUAUUUUUAUGCCGAUAGAUAACAUGACGUGCUACACAUGACUGAAACUUUCGGCACGCAUUUUAAUAAAAAGCAAGUAUUUCGACAAACGCUUAUUGAAACGUUUGUCAAUUGAUUGCAUUUGUUUCUUUCAGUAAUGCCAAAUAUCUAUCACAUACCUUUUAGUGUUAGAGGGGUGUGUACAGUACAUAUCCUACUUUACUUUAUAACCUGAGAUCCUCCUUAUUUUGUGUUCUUCACUGGUUUCCAUUGUUCUGUUACAGUUCUGGAUAUGCAGAGCAUUGUCAACUGCAACACUACAGCCACUUUUUAGUACAGUACUGAAAGCGUGUUGUAUGUCUGCAUAUUAAAAUAAACACACACACACACACACAAAAAACACAACAAAAUACAAAUUACGUCACCAACAGGACUUGGUAUGAUGGAACAAUUGCUCAGAUUAAAUUCAACUGAUUUAAUAUCCUUUGAUAUUCUAAUCCAUUUGGAGCCUUUAUACAGACAUCUAGUGUCUGAGUUAUACAAGGUGGUUACAGGAUGUCCAUUUGGAUGUAUAAAGGAGUUAUGGUGGGGGGUGUAGAAUACAUGUGGUUUCUUAAUUAACCUGUACCACAGGUAAACAAGUCUUUCAUCUUGUCUUUGGUUUAAUCCUUCAGAGGUGUCAUUCAUUUCCAAAAGCGCACCACUUGAAAGAUAAACUGCAAAUAUAUCAGCCAGUCAAACAAGGCCACCCCAUAGUGCAGUUCUCACUUAUUUCAAGAACAAGGUAAUUGGGAUUCUGUUAAGCCUAACUAGUUUUCAAAAUAUAAAUACAACUCGGAUAGGGGGUUUUGCCCUUAAUGAGAAAGACCAUGAUUUUGAAGACUAUUAGAAUUUUUUUUUUUUUUUUUUUUUUAACAUCCAUGUAUAUAAAAGGUGGACACACACACUUCCAAGACGCAGACUAGGUACCGAGAACUGAUAGAUAGGUUUCUACAAAAACCGUAAAUUGCCAGAAUGAACGUCUCAACUUACUCUGUUCUCUUUGCUUUAGCAUUUCUUUCAGAGUCCUUAAUAGCUUCAGUGGCAAGAUCUCUAAGCAAGAUAGAAGACACUAGAAUGCUAAAUGAUUUCUUCAGCCCAAGUAAAACACACCUGGAUGCAGAGGGUUUGGACAAGUCAGACGAGGCUUUCUCAAAGUAUCCUCUUCUGGAAGGAACCACAAUGGAUGAAGACGGCUCAAAAAUCAUAGUCUUCACCGAUUUAGGUGUCAAGAAGAAUGCUAAAGAUCUCCUGGAAUUCCUUAUUUCUACCAACUCUAAACUCUUCAGCCCUGCAUUGUCUGUGGAUCAUUCUCCCAGACACUUGCCUUACUUCACCGUCAGAGAAGCAGAGGCACCCCAGUCAGAAAGCCAAAGCACUGCGACAGAGAAACGCAGAGAUUCUGGAAGGGAUGAUUCUAAAAUUUCAGUAGGCAGAAGAGACUUUGACAUGCUAAGAUGUAUGCUGGGAAGAGUCUACCGACCAUGCUGGCAGGUCUAGGUAUCGUUUCAGGCCUCCAAUGAACAAGGCUGUUGAAAAAUUACUCACCUUUGUGUUAUGCCUGCAAGGCUGUUUAUGUAUAAAGCUUGAAAUGUCUUAAGGUUGUACUGUACCAUCUGUUUUCUUAUUUAAAUCACAAUAAGAACAGUAAUCUAUAAAAGGUUUAUUAAAAGUAUUUAACAAAUCUGCUAACAAUGGUUGACUGUAAAAAAAAAAAAAAAAUGCAUAUAAAAACAAAGCAAACGCACAUUGUACAAAAUAUUUACAUGUAAUAAAAUGUAAUACACAUUUUAAAAUCAAUACACAAUCUGACAAACCAUCUAGAUUUUAAAAAUACUCACAAAAGU